CAGAAGCAAGAAAAUACUUUCAUAACUGUUUAUUCAAAGAGGGAGGCAGGGCGCGUGGGGUUAUGGGAUACAUGGAGAGGGGGGUGAGACACAGAUUAUCUGAGGGGCGCGGCUCUCUUCCAGGAUCCUCUGCGCGCUCUCUCCUGAGGGGCUCACUCCUCUCCUCCCUCUCUCCAAGCCCUGCGCCUAAUGGAAAAUAAAAGGAUGAACUCUUUAGUGAAAUGGACGCUUAUCCUCUUCGUCCUUGCCUCCAUCAUCCUCAACAUCGUCCUGAUCGGCAUCCACUCCAGCAGGGCGCCCAAAUGCUCCGCUCAGCGCGUGCACCCGCUGCGGCGCAAACACGACGAGCGCAGCGCCGUGUUCGCGGACCUCUCCCGGGAGGAAUACCUGCAAGUCCAGCAGUUCAUGCUAAAGCAGAAUAACUUGGAAAUAUCCACCAACCAGAUCUCCAAGCCGUCGGAUAACUUCCUGUUUCUAAUAGAUCUAUCUGUGCCAAAUAAGGCGGACGUGCUCGCGUAUUUGGACCGGAAUGGCGCCAAGCCGACCAGAGAGGCCACAGUGGUGGUGUUUUACGGUGCCAAAGGAUACAUCAAAGAGUACGUAGUGGGCCCUCUUCCCAACCCAACAUACGUCAACGAUGUCACCAUGGAGAGGUACCACGCGGAGCUGCCCAUCAGUGCGCGCACGGUCACCAUCGGGGAAUAUAAUCUGCUUUUCCAGUUUUUGGGAAACGUCUUCUCUAAACUGGGGAAGCUCAUGAAGGAGAGCUUCGAUAUGGGUCCGGACAAGCAGCUGAACGCGUUCGAGCAGAUGCCCCGUGGAGUCCGGACCGGGGACAGGAAGACCUGGAUCUCCUUCUUCAGGGACAUGAGCGGCAUGUACAUCCACCCGGUGGGCUUCGAGGUGCUGGUCGACCACCAGAACGUCAACGCGUCCGAGUGGACGGUGGAGAAGCUGCUCUAUAACGGACAAUAUUUCGAUUCCAUAGACGCACUGAAGGAUAAAUACGAUAAGGAUCUCGUAAAGAAGAUCGUCUAUAAGGAGUCCCCUGAUUAUGGCUCUCUUAAACCCAGGAACAAGCCCCUGCAGGUCGGUCCGCAGCUCUUUAACGCGGAGGGUAAGCGCUACAGUGUCAGCAACAACCACGUCGUGUACAUGGACUGGAGCUUCGCCUUCGGGCUCAGCGCGCUCAUGGGCAUGAGGGUGUUCGACGUGCGCUUCAACGACGAGAGGAUCGUGUACGAGCUGAGCGUGCAGGAGGCCAUGUCCGUGUACGGGUCGGUCACUCCCGGGAUGAUCCUGACAAAGUUUCUGGACUCCAGCAUCGGGAUUGGCCGCUUUGCGCACGAACUGGUCCGCGGGGUGGAUUGUCCCUACGAGGCGAGCUACGUGGACACAUACCGCUACAUUGAUGUCCCCAAACCGGUCCGCUUCAGGAACUCUAUCUGCAUAUUCGAGCACAACAUGGGCCAGCCCCUGAGGAGGCACUUCUCCGACUUCUUCCACCACAGCUACGGGGGCAUGGUGAACAGCGCGCUGGUGUUCAGGACCAUCACUGCCAUAGGGAACUAUGACUACAUGUGGGACUUCAUCUUCUACCAGAGCGGGUCCGUGGAGGCCAAGGUGCACGCGACUGGAUACAUCUCCUCCUCCUACCUGGUGGACGGGGCUCUGCGGCACGGACACCAGGUGGCGGAGAAGGUGCUGGGGAACAUCCAUACACACUUCAUCAACUUCAAGGUGGACCUGGAUGUGUUGGGAGUAAAGAAUUUCUUUCAGACCAAAGACAUGGAAUAUGUCAAUGUUUCGCUGCCAUCGGUGCCUGAUCACUAUGCGAUGGUGCCUCAGCUGGUGGAGAAGCAACUGAAAACAGAAAAGGUCUGGCUCCCUUUAUGCCUUUAGUCACUUGCCUUUAGGUUUCUUUUAACAACAUGUAGAGGAGAGUGUGUAAAAAAGACAGUGUGGAGACCGCAUGAAGUGUUGUUUUGGUUCCAAUUGAUCACUGUCGGGAACAAUGUAAGGUUUUUCCUAACUUUUCCUAAAUAUUAGGUUAGAUUGCGUAGUGUGUUCCUCUCCUGUAGUGUUAUAUAGGUUUUUGUGAUUGUAGUUGGUCUGCAAAGGCUAAAAUCCUCCCUACAUCCCUACAUCGUUUCAGGCAUCCACCUGCCUGAAACGUCUCCAUUGGACUCCUUUGUUUACUUCCGGGGAACAUAGUGACAUCCCUCGCGCUUCUUCUGGCUGGCGCUCCA